AUGAGUAGCAGUAGUACAACUAGUACGACAACUAGUACUACAACUAGUACGAGUAAUGAAAGAAGUGUCGAUGGAAAGACACCGGUGGACGUCUCUGCAAGAGUACCUUUUAGUGAACCAACGAAUGAUAGGGACGCUUAUCAUUUGGAAUCUAAACAUGUACACAAGAUAUAUGAUGUGAUAUCAUCACACUUUGACAGCACAAGAUAUAAGGCAUGGCCAAUGGUGGAGCAGUUUCUAAAUGAACAGGCAGCAGGUGCAGUCGGAGUCGAUGUCGGCUGCGGCAAUGGCAAAUACCUCGGCGUGAACAGCGCCAACAUAUAUACAAUUGGCUCUGACAUAUGCAGUAGUUUCGCAACGAUCAGUGAUGGCAAGGGUAGAGAAUCAAUGGUUGCAGACAACCUCUAUCUACCCUACCGCGACGACUCAUUCGACUAUGCCAUUUCAAUAGCUGUCAUACAUCACUUCUCAACGUUUGAGCGAAGACACGCUGCUCUUAGAGAGAUCGUAAGAGUACUGAAACCUGGCGGAGUGAUGCUUGUGACUGCAUGGGCAAUGACACAGAAAUGGAAAGGAAAGAACUAUGAUUCACAGGAUGUGAUUGUACCUUGGAUGUUCCAACAGAAGUUUAGUAAUGGCAAGACGUCGAGCGAGGACAUUGAGUCAUCAGAGGUCCAGAAGUCUGGGUCAUCAUACCAGAUGUUUCAUCGAUAUUAUCAUCUAUUCAGUGAUGGCGAGUUUGAAUCAUUACUGGCGCCAAUACCAGGCAUUGAGACGUUAUCAAACAAUUUGGAUCAUGACAACUACUACUGCUUUGUAAAGAAGAAGGAGAAGUAA